AAACAACGACGGCGCCGCUGUCGACAACGGGCGAUGACUCGUCCGCGACCGCCAUCUUUGAGGCUCGACCAUCUCGGUCUUGAUCCCUCUAGUCUGGUUGGAAGAGUCCUCAAAACUAUCAAGCACUCUGAAAAGCACCCCAGUCUUACUCUGCAUUUUCUUGACGGCACUCGCAUUCAAAUAAUGGUCGAUGGAUACUCGCCAGCCCAUCCUGGCGUACCAAAAGAGCUUGAAAUGUCACCAUCUUUCCGCGCUCUGUUUAAUGCGGGAGACUCUGUCGAUCUCACAGUGACCGACUGCGCACUGAUCACUCUAUCCGACAAAGCUUUUGCCCUCGAAAGUAAUGACCAAUGGGACCAACGUCAUUUGGGUGUGGCUUUCAAGUUUUCUGCCGCUUCUGGUAGUUUAGACGGACUACCAGAUCCUUGGCAUUGCGUCUGGGCUACACUAGAGGAGCAUGAUCAGCAUGGCUCGUGCAUUUUUCGAACCUAUGAAGACGUCUACCUCGAGGAGCUGCAACGAUCUCCCCGAAAGGCCCGACACCGCAAGCAGAGUGGUCCAUGA